CCCUAAUUCCCACUUCAACAAACCACAUCAUAUUCUUCUUCUCCAUCACCAAAAAAGACUCUCCCAGUAUCCUUCGCCGCCGCAUAAUCAUCAUCAGAAACCAAACAUGGGUCGCGUCCGUACAAAGACAGUGAAGAAAUCAUCAAGAGUAGUAAUAGAACGUUACUACUCAAAAAUGACACUUGAUUUCCACACAAACAAGAAAAUCUUGGAAGAAGUCGCCAUCAUCCCAUCAAAAAGGCUAAGAAACAAAAUAGCUGGGUUUUCAACACAUUUAAUGAAGAGAAUCCAAAAGGGUCCAGUCAGAGGGAUUUCAUUGAAGCUGCAAGAAGAAGAAAGGGAAAGGAGAAUGGAUUUUGUACCUGAUGAAUCUGCCAUUAAAGUUGACAGAAUUGAAGUUGAUAAAGAGACUAUUGAGUUGUUGGCUAGUCUUGGUAUGAGUGAGCUGCCUGGGAUUGUUUUGAAAGAAGAUGUCAAUGUUGGUGGUGGUGGUGGGAUUCCUGGUGGUUAUGGUGGUGGUCGUGGUGGGUUUGGUGCUGGCAGGAGGUACUAAUUAAUGAUGAGAUUGUGUUUUUAAAAGAUUUAAUCUUUUUUAUGAGUAUUAUUAUGUGUUUUUCAUGUUACUCGUAUUAAAGUUGGAUUCAGUUUCAACAAUUAAAUUUUAUGUCUUGUUUUAGUA